GUUUUUGUCGGUUUUAAGGCUAUUUGAAAAAAAGCAACGCGAUAUUUCCUUCCUUGUCCCCCCUCUGAGACGUACUCGUUUGGACUCUACCGAUUUACCGCAAUAAGAAAGGAUGUAUCGAAACUUUGGGAGUCAAGGGAGAGGCAACCCGACUUACACAGGCAGCGUCCCUGGGUCAAACUCCAUGGGAACCGCCAGCACUACAACUACACAGCAGGAGCAGAAGUUUACAAUGGCUGGCAGCAGUCAUUUCGUACCAAGCCUCAAUGCCAUCACAACCAACCAGGACCUCCAGUGGUUGGUCCAGCCCUCCCUUAUGCAUCCACCGGGCCCUUCAAGAACUCCAGUCCCUCCCUACCCAACCCUCUCAGGGGCACGGCCUAUGGGUCCACCAUCUUCCCAUUCCCAUUCCCAUCUUCUCAGACCAGGGGUCAUAAGAGCAGCCGCACACACUCCUUCAACAAGGCGCAGGAACGAUGAACAUUUAUCCCAGGAAGAGUUGCAGAGACGUAGAAUACGAAGGGAGAGGAAUAAGCUGGCAGCUGCAAAAUGUCGAAAUCGCCGUCGGGAGCUGACUGACACACUUCAAAAUGAGACUGAGGAGCUGGAGGAUGAAAAGUCCAAGUUACAGAAGGAAAUAGCUGAAUUACAAAAGGAGAGAGACAAGCUUGAGCUGGUCCUGGAGGCUCACCGUCCCAUUUGUAAAAUUGAGGACUCAGAUUCGGAUUCUGACCCAAAUCCAUCAACUUCUACUUUGGGAGGCAUCAAAGUAGAGCCACAGGAGUUCAGCAGACCCAGGCCCUCGACCAAACUGCCACCCAAGACUGAGAAGCCUAAACCCAGGAUAACCAUCCCCACCAAGCAUGUGACAUCGGCUGCCCCUGCCAGUGAAUCGGAAUCUCUCCACACCCCGGUUCUCACAUCUACUCCCUCUCUCCUGCCCUUCACAGCUGGUAUGGUAUUCACCUAUCCCUCUGCCUCUUUAGACACCAUGGCCUCCAUCACGUCCCACGCUACAUCACACCAGGGAAACGUCCACCAGUCUCAAGCCCCACAGCCUUGUGGGAUAGCCCAUCGCCGCAGCAGCAGCAGUGGAGACCAAUCGGAUCACUCGCUUCAUUCCCCGACCAUCCUCACUCUGUGAUUGACUGACGUGUCGCUCUGGCAAAACACUAAUGUUAAUUUUAUCAUGCGUGACAAAAAAAGGAGCUCUGGGAAACAUGAGGGAAAUGAAAAUGAUGAUUGUGAUAACCGUUUCAAAAAGAGCUAUGUAAUUUUCUUCUUUAGAAAGACGAUUCUUUAUUUAGAUAAUAUGCAAGUUGGUGGCACUAUCAGGAUAAGAAUGUUACACUCUUUUUAGUAUUGAUAUAAAUAUAAAGUCUUUAUAUUUCUCAUUUUAAAAGCUAUAAGGUAGAAUGAGUUUGUUUGAGCAUGCAGAGAUAUGAAUUAUACAUAUGUGAUAACUCCAUCUAAUAAUAUAUCAAUAUAGUAUAAUAAUGCAUUUGAUAACUUUUUACAUUGUGAUAUUAUGUAACAUUUUAUGAACUUCCUCACCAAGGGAAAUAGAGUUUACUUAUAAGUAAAUGGUCAUUAUUUUUGUAUGAAUCUUUUAUAAAUCCUAAUAUUGUCUAUGCAAAUAAUUGACCACUAAGGCUGGGCCAUAGGAGUUAAAACAGAUUAUAUUAACACAUAUUUAUUCUUGAGAGUGUAAUAUAUUUUUUGGUAAUAUUUUUAUUGACUCUGACAAAAGAACUGUUUUGCUGGGCAGUGCCUUACUUUAAUCUCUUGUUAAAGCUGUACUACUCCACAGACAAUAAAGAGCAAAAGUUGAUACCUG